GCUACUGAUAAGGGGCAAGAAGGAAGCAAAACAAAAAAAAAACUGCAUGCUCUGCGCAUCUCGCUGGGAUCGGUACUGACGGACUUCCUACUUCAGUACUCGUUGAACCGUGUCGAACGCUUGUCACCAUUCUGAAUCUCAGGGAGAAUCAUGUUUUUGCUCAGGUUUUUACUUCUUGGGUUCUUCGGAGGAUCUUUGGCAGUCAUCUACGAUUGCAAUCAUUUCUUGAACGGAGUGUACACCAUCCGAUAUUGCGCGUUGAGCAACGUCACCGUUACCCAUGAUGCGGAAGAGGUCGUAUUCCGAUCUGAAUAUCCAAGGCCAUACUAUUUCGAGUUUUCCGAAUCGAAGCUCACGGAAAUUCCUCGAGUGAUGUUUACCUCGUUUCCAGAGAUGCAAAAUCUGGACGUGACUCGAUGUCAGGUGGAGAACAUCAACAAGUACACCUUCGAGCAGGCAAAGGAGCUUCGGUAUUUGAAUAUGUCCGGGAAUCAACUGAGCAUGCUGAACAACUUUGUGUUCAAGGGCUGUGAUAAACUGGUGCGGUUGGACGUGUCGAGCAAUCGGAUUUCGGAAGUGAAGGAGAAGGCUCUGCAUGAUUUGCCAAAAAUUGAUCACUUGGAUUUGUCUGGAAAUUUGUUGAAACAGCUAGAUGCGGGAUUGUUUUCGAAACUGACUCUGUUAUCGUAUCUUUCGCUGGCCAAUAACAGGAUCUCCGAAAUACACGAUCGUUUGCUUGAAAACUGUACUAUGAUCGCCUAUUUGGAUCUGAGAGGGAAUCGUAUCUACAGUUUAAGUGACACUUUUCUCAGCAGUCUUACCUACUUGCGGAUACUCGUAUUAGAUGAGAACAGGCUUACCUCUUUGGUGAUACCUCAUCAACUGACAAAGCUGUUUGCAUCCAAGAAUAACAUUUCUUCGAUUUAUGCUGAAAGUGCAGAAAAAUCCCAACUCUACUCAAUGAGUUUGUCGAAGAACAACUUAAAGGACAUCCGUAACAUCACCAUCUUGGAAACGCUAACUAUAUUGGAUCUCUCGUUCAAUCCAAUUGGACCGCUUCACUUGACAACAUUCUUGAAACUCAAGAAACUAAUCGAUCUCAACCUAGAAGCAACCCAGCUUCAAACCGUCGAACACGGGACAUUCACACAGCAAUCCAAACUGCGUCGAUUGGACUUGUCCUACAACCUUCUGCAGAAGUUGGACAUCUCAGUCCUAGUACCCACUCCCAAUCUGGAAACACUCUUUAUUGAUGGGAACGGUCUUCAGGAGUUUAGCUAUGAAAACAUGCAGGAGUUAUUCCCGAAUUUGACGUAUCUAGGACUUUUUGCCAACUCCUGGAACUGCUCAUACCUAACGAACUUGGUACGAUUCUGCAAUCGCAAUAAAAUAGCGAUAGGCACUACGAAAAAUUACGGAGAAAUUACUCAUAUGACCAAUGUUCAAGGAAUUUACUGUGCCAAUUCUGAUAAAGAUCGUAUCCAGUUUCAACCAAGCCUGGCCGUCAGCCAUCUGGACGAGAAUUUCUUCCGGGAAGAAGACACCCAGCUGAAACUGAUAGUGGCCAACGUGACUUCAACUGAGUUCGAAUAUAAGCUAAUGGUGGAGCUGUUGGAUAUGAUAAGAAAUGUGAACGCCUCCAACGCUGAUCGGCUGGACGAAGUGAGAAAAAUUGCACUGGGUCAUGAGAGGGGUUGUGAUGCAAGCCAUGCUAUUGGCUUCCAAGUGUUUAUAAUGUUGAUCUUAACGGUAAUACUGGUAAUGAAUGUUGGCUUUCUGCUGUACGUCCACUACAACGCCAAUGCACGACGGGCUAUUGAUAGAAUGAUUAUUUUUAAACGAGGCGAAACAGCUUCAAUACAAACACAAAUGGAAGACUUCUAAAGAGAUGUGCGAUGUAAUAAGUUAAGCUUGUAAAUAUAUUAUUUGUAGAUGUAAA